UGACCAACUUCGCCCGUCCGUCCAGUCACCCUGAGGAACCGCUGUUUCGACGUCAGACUGUCAGAGCGAGCGAGGAACCAAUUCAUUUUUUCCUUGCAACGUCAACAGACCGCCAGAUUCCUGAUCUUCUGGGUGAUGGUGCGGUCUCUAACAAUGGACUUCCUUGUUGGUUUGCUGAUGUUGGUGUUUCUAGGCUCUGCAGAGAGUGGUGUUGGUCCCAGUAACUCCAGCAGUAGCUUCUGCACUGAGUCUAAAGAAUGUCUCCAGUUUGACCUUGUGUGUAAGACGGACGAGUACGAGGUGCGGCACUACAGUCCCACCCGCUGGGUAUCUACUGAUGCGGAGGCCUACUUCAUGGGUGUGGGAGCAGCGAUGGCUUUCAGGAGACUGUUCCAGUACAUUACAGGAGCCAACGAAGGCGGUGUAAAGAUUGAGAUGACGGCUCCAGUCCUGGUUAAGAUCCCGGAGGAAACCAAGAUGUGGGAGCCUGCCGUCUACACCCUCAGCUUCCUGCUUCCCUCAGCCUAUCAGGAUAACCCUCCCGCCCCCACCAAUGACAAGCUCUACUUCACGGACAUGCCGGACAUAGAUGUGUACGUGCGGAGCUACGGCGGGUGGAUGCUGUCCGUCACCUCCAGGCUCCACGCCCACCUCCUCACCAAGGAGCUCCAGAGAGCCCAGGCCUCCUACAACCACACCUACCACUACGGAGUGGGCUAUGACAGUCCUCUGAAGCUGCUGAACAGACACAAUGAGGUGUGGUAUGUUGCCGAGGGCGACCCUGAGUGUUUGGUUCCCGUGGAAACGCCAGCAGAGCCCCCAACUCCUUAAGACACCAAACCCUGAUCACUGCUAUUCCCAUCAACAGACCGCACACAGAGAUGAGUGGGCAGAGAGAUGGUGGAUAAAAAGAAGAGGAGGAAAACCAGAAGAAGAAGAGGUGUGAGAAUAGAUAAAGUGAGAAAGAAAGAAAGAAAGAAAGAGAGGCAGAGAAAUAUAAAGAGAGAGAGAGAGAGAGAGAGAGAGAGAGAGACCUGUCCUCUCACCUGUGUCUGUCAUGCCCCGCCCUGUUUCCUGUUUCCUGUUUCCUCUUUAACCAGAUGGCCAGGCUCUCUCCUUCCCACAGCAACACACUUAUCUCCAUGACAACCCACUGCUCAGCACAUGUUCAGCACAACGUUCUUGACAUGUCACAGGGUAUGAAAAUAGGUUAGCAAUUCCUGGGCAGAUGAUUAAAAGUCAAACUGAUAGGUUUUAGUCACUGCUUAGUACAUAAACACAAAACAGCAAAAUGAUUUAGCACUGAAGAAUGUUCCCCCCUCUUACUAAAGCUAACGUGCUAAGCAUACCAUACAGCUAACAGAGAGAUUUUGUCUCCAUGGUGAUGUCUAUACUCUAUAAGGUGAUAGUGGGCAUUUUGAAUGUUUCUUGUUUGAUUGUUUUUUUGUUUAUGUUGUGUUUGUUUGGUAGCGUUGUUGAUUUAUACAGGUUGCUUCACAAUAUUUUUGGGGCAUAAGCCGUUUCAAAUGCAGGUCAAUAUCCAAUUUGCAGUAGCCUUUCACAACAUAUCAGGCAGGCAUAUCUUUAGACAGCCCUUCCCGCCUAUACAAACUUUGCUGUAUGACACAACCUGCGUGAAGACCCAUUAUCUGAUAAUCUAAUAAAUACCUGAUAACCCAA